AUGGCAAUGGCGAGCCCAUACACCUGGGGACGAGAUGGCGGGGCCUCGUCUCGAGAGUCAAGGACGCGGUUAGGUCGGGGCAGCCGCCGCCGGCGAACUACGGCGGACAAGACGGAGGAGGGUAUCAUUACGGCGGGGGCGGCGACGGCGGCGGCUGGGCCGAAGGGCCAGCAACACCCCGCGUCCACUCCCCCGCCGUUCUUCGACCCUCAAGCUCCACCUCCUGUUCCGCCGCAAGACGAUGGCGGCGGCGGCGGCAGCAGCAGCGGGUACGGUAACGAACCUAGGAGCGCGGGGGGGUACGGUGAUGGCAGCAUCGGUGGUGACACCGUGGUGGACACGUUCGGUGCCGCCACGGUGCCGGAGGGUAGGCAUGGCGCGGCGGGCAGCAGCGGCUCGGAGCCGUCGUUUGAGCCCCCGCAGGCGGGAGCUGCGUCGGUAGGGCAGGGCUGGUCAACGCCAGGCGUGGAUGCCGUCCCCGCUAGGGAAGAGCCCGCAGCCGAAGGCGGGGAGGAUGAUGAUGUAGGGAAGGCCGGAUCGACGACGGCCACGGUACCGGCUGACCCACAAGGCGGCGGCGUUUCGGGGAGCGGGUCGACGGCAGCAGCAGCAGCAGCAGCAGCAGCGUGGCCCGGUGUGGACAACGCCGAUGCUACCGAACCCUCUGUGAGUCGUGCGGGAGGGAGCGAGCCCGUGGUAGGGACGGAGGUAUUCGACAGCAGCAGCGUCGGCGGCGUCUCAUUCCGGUCGAACGGGGGCGACGGCGCCCUAGACACGAUGCCAAGCUCGGCAGACCAUGGAAAGGAGGAGGUGGACUGGGGGACCGGGGUCGAGGAGGACGGUGACGAGGAGGGGAAAGGAGCGGAGGGCGAGUCCGGGGAGACGGUGGAGGUUCCCGGCUCGGAAGAGAAGCUCCAACUGGAGAGCGAGGAGAAGGCGCUCAUACGCGAGUUGGAGCGCAUGGACAGCACCAUCGGCAACGGGGACGACCCACCGAGCAUUGGCAGCGAGAGGCCGCGGGUUGUUGGCGACGGCGGUAGCGGCGUGUCUACGCUGUCGCCGACGACACCGCCGCCGCUGCAGCCGCCGCCGCCGUCGUCGGAGCACCAGGCGAUGAUCGACAGAGAGGUGGAGCACCAGCUGGACGAUCUGUUUGACAGCAUUAUCCUCGACGACGCCGACGAUCCCGAUGCCGAAGGCGGAGAGUACGCCGUUCCGUCGGAGGCGGCGGUGGUCGGAUCAGGGGGCGUGCCGGGGCAAGGCUGGGGUUCUCUUGUUAACGAUCACGAGGAGGAGGCGGUGGACGCGGUGCGAGAACAGCCGGCGGCGGGGCCCACGCAAGCGGCAGACCAGGAUCGUCGCACUCCCUCCUCGCACGGUGACGCGAGCGUUCAUGCCGCAGCGGACGCGCGGGCGCGCGGCGGCGUUUCGACGCCCGGCGGCGCUCCCCCCGGGGCCGCGAGCACGUCAGCGGUGGCGGGCGAAGAGGAGGAAGGAGAACCGCCGGUGGCAGCGGAGGCGACGGCGAUUCCUGAGGUCGGGUCGUCGUCGGGCGCGGGCUCGGCGGGAUCGUUGUGGGGAAACACCAGGCGCUGGGAAACGUUACCGCCUCAACCCGAUGCGGCCACCUCUGAUCCGGUAGUAGUAUUAGUAGAAGAAGAAGAAGAAGAAGAAGAGGAGGAGGAGGAGGAGGAGGAGGAGGAGGAGGAAGGGGAGGAAGAUUUGGAGGACGAGUCGGAUGUACGGGUGCUGCUGGACCCGAUCGAGUUGCCGCCUUCCGCGGCCAGCGACGAGAUUUGGAACGACCAGCACCUGCAGGACCAGCUCGACGCGUACUGGGAGCAGAGCCGGAGGGGGGGCGCGGGAGCGGGAGCGGCGGCAGCGGCGCCAUCGACGGCGACGGCCGGGGGAAACCAGCUGUCGGCGUACGGGGGGGGCGGCGGCGUGCCGCACUACGGCCCCGGCGACUGGGUGGGGGGAAACGGCGGCGGGGCGGCGUUGUUGCCAGAACCGCUGCCCGGUUCUGCGGCGGACGGCGCCGCUCGUACCAGCGGCUGGGUGGCGUCGCCUCGCCUUUUCGACGGGGGCAGCCAAUCGCCGAUCAACAUCUACGGCAACGUUCACGUGCACCUGCAGCAGGGUGGCGCGCAGGACGGCGGGGCUCAGCAACAGCAACAGCAGCAGCAGCAGCAGCAGCAGGGGCAACCUUCGCCGUCUUCGGAGCUUAGCGCGAGGGAAAGAUACUACUCGCAGGGGGAGACGAGCUGGUCGGGCAGCGAGCGAGGGGGGCAGUAGCAGCCGCAUGUUUUGAGGGCGGUCGACAGGGGGGUGACAGCAGUAAAAGUAUGCCCUCCAUCUUUCUUCGUCAUGGGGUGGGGCCGCCACGGGGGGGGUCCUCUAGAGGCAUAAGGGUCAGUAUUCUGGGAUGGGAGGUGAGGAGAAAGGCGGGCAGAACUCCCGUGUCAUGUGUCUACAGUAUGUGGUGUUUUUUCCCCGCCGAAAAUCGUGAGAGGGCUAAUCAAUGUACGCGGCGACUAUAAGUGGUGGCAUUGUUUUUUCUGGCGUCUCGGGGGGGGAGAUGGACGGUUGAUUGGCAGAUCGUGCUUAGUCGGGCGGUAAAUUUCGAUUUCGAGGCGUGAUGCUUUGUUUAUCCGUGGCCUUCGUUUUCGUUGUUCGUGGUUUCGACGCGUUUUGGGCGUUUUACUUCCUCCUCAUGUAUGUUGUUUCAGUAGAAAAAUGAGGUUGACCGAUGGCCUAG